AUGGAUAAUAAUACAUUGGGAUCAUAUAUCAGUGGUUGGCCAAUGGUGGAAACGAAAACACAACCUGAAACUUAUCAAACCGAGGAACAUGUUAUUUGGCAAAUUGAGCCAAACAUUGAAAAUAAACAGGAAUUUGUUAGCGAUAAUCAUAAUAAUAUAAUACAACAAAUUCCAUUAACAUAUCUUACAUCGAAUGAUAAAAAUAUAAAUUGUAAUAAUAAUAAUAAUAAUUUGAGAACGAUUGUGAAACCUAUAACAUAUGUUAUAAAUCCUAAUAAUGUAUGUGAUUUAAAUAAAUAUUGUGAUGGUAAUCAAAAUGAUGGAAACAUUAUAUUAAACCAACAACAUUCGAUAGUUUUAGUUAAAGACUUAAGUUUGAACAUAUUGAAAACAAACGAUUGUUUGGAAGUGGAAGAAAACAAAUUUGAUGGAAAUUUCCUAACUAAAAUAUUGGGUCAAAAUAAAAUAAAUUCAAGUUCUAUAAUAUUAACAAAUGAAAAUAAAGAUGUUAUAAAUAAUGGGGCAGGAGUGGUGGCAUGUGAAAAAAAAAAAAAAAAAGAAGGAAAUGAAAUAAAGUGCCGAAAAAAUAAAAUAAUGGAAUCUGAAAAUAAUAAUAAUAAUAAUAAUAAUAAUUUAAUCAAAUCAAAAGGUGAAAGAAAAACGGGAACGUGUAAAAAACCAUUGAGAAAAAGGAAAAAUUCAAAAUUGAAUAAGAAAACUCUCGCGAAGAUUCUACCGAAAAAAUCAAAUCCGUUGAAAAACGUGAAAGGCGUUGGAAAAACGGAAAAAAUCGGGAAUGACGUCAUUAACGACGAUGUCGAUGUCGAUGUCGAUAUGGCGGAAAAAAAUCUUUUCGAAUUGACUAAAUUAGAAGAUAAUGUUAAUGAAGUGAUGGAAAGAUUGAAAAUCGGUUGCGAUUGUUCCGAUACAAAUUGUUUCGAAGGACUAGAUCCAGACAAAGUUUUUAGACAUAGGUUAAACAUAGCGGAUUUAACAAAAGCCGAACACGACAUGUACCUAAUGGGUGUCAUAAUGGCGUCCGUACAGAAUUUGGAGGAAACCUGCAGGCACAAAGAAAGAAUAAGAAUAAGAUCUUGUUAUGCUUAUCAGGUGAGUAUAUUUAAUAAAAUUUUUCAAAUACCGUUAUGUGCACCUCCUAGAGUAUAA